AUGGAUACAGUUCGAAAGCCACGCAAGAAACUAAAGGGACCUCCAGAAUCUGAAAGCUCGCCUUCAACGCCGACUUCAUCUGCUGUAUCCGAUCUCGUUCAAACGAGCACGAACAUCGUCCUGUCGCAUGCUCUAAAUGCAGAUGCGGUUGCAGAGAUUGCUCGAAUAACUUCAUCCCAUGCAACAAGGGCACAACCUACCGGCGACAAACAAACCAUCGCCGUGGGCUCAGCGCGAGAUUCCAAAGGAGACAGAUGGCUCGCUCGCGUGGCCCUUUUGUUGAAUCUCACCAAAAGUGCUGCAGAUUCAGCAGACUUUUCGCCGCUAAAAGGAGCCUGUGAAGCCGUCGUUACGCUCUUGGACUCGAUUCAGACGGUCCAAUACGCCUGGAUUGAGCUCCUAAGGGCUGUUCAAGGACACGCGGCCGCAUUUCAAAGGCAACUUGAUCAGCCGGGCAUCAACGAUGUGCUUGAGAGUUGCGAGGAAUCAAUAAAGGGUCCGAUCAGGAGCUACUCUACCGCUCUUCAAGAGUUGAUUGCCGACAUCUGCGUGAGUUGUGGGCUUGAUGAAUCGGCAUUUGGCCAGGGUCUCACACUGAAUCUAUUGGCUCAACGAAUCGGCAUGGCGAAGCUAGAAGCCAGUAUCAUUGCGGACUAUGAGAAGCGCCUUAAGGGCGCAGAAGGGCAAAUAAUGUCUGCUCUCAUGGUCUACGUCGCUGUCUCGGUCAACGCUUCGGCAGACGCAGACGUCUUAAACAAGCUGCAAGGCAAAGAGUAUACUCGUCCGCGAGAAUGCUUGACGGGAACACGGGUAGAGAUCCUUGAGGAAUGCGUAGCCUGGGCCCGGGAUCCUCAUUCUUCGAAUAUUAUGUGGAUCAAAGCGGCACCCGGAGCUGGCAAAUCAGCCAUUGCGUCCAGUCUGGUUCGCGUUCUCGAGAUCAAGAAGAAAUGCCUAGGAUCAAGUUUCUUCUUUCGACGUUCAGAAAGCGCUUUCACCACCACGAGGGCAUUAUGGCGGAGCGUGGCAUACGAUCUCGCACGUCAUCCUACCAUCCGAAGGCACCUGGCGGCAAAGUUGAGGAAGGAGGAGAUUGACCUCACGACACCAAACAUCGACGAACUGUUUCGUCAGCUGAUUGAAGAGCCUUUGUCGAAGCUCUCAAAACUCCCCAACGAACAGUGGCCGAUAAUCAUCAUCGAUGCAUUGGACGAGUGUGGUGGUCUGGAAGGCGCACAUUCCGAGGACCGCCGAGACCUAAUGGAAACCCUAUUACUAUGGUCUAAAGUCCCAAAUUGCAAGCUGAUCGUGACGAGCAGAGAGGAGGAAGACAUAGCGAGGACAUUUGCUCUAAACCGUCCGUACAUAAUCGAGCUCCUCACCGGCCAGUCUACGGUGGACCAAGCAAAGAGAGACAUACAAGCUUUCUUGCGCGAGAAUCUGCGGAAAACUGCGACACGGUUCUCCCAGCCCCCCGUGGAAUGGCCAGCACCGACAGAGAUCGGGCUGCUGGCGACCAGGGCCAACGGUUUAUUCAUAUGGGCAUCCACAGUCGUGGAGUACGUUGGUCGUGGUGACCCGAAGGAGCGCUUGGACGAGAUUGUGAACGGAGAACGCGUCCGAGGUAUGAGUGAGUUAUAUACCACGGUGCUUCGCGGCGCUUUUCCAGACGCGGAAGGCGGACCACCUGAGAAGCUGCGCACGAUUCUUGCGGUGAUCAUUGUCGCCAAAGAAACGUUGGGUACUCGGGGGCUAGCAGAUUUGCUGGGGGUAAAUCAGUGGGCGGUCGAGCAUGUGUGCCAUGGGCUACGACCAGUGCUGGAAACCGAAGGGGGACUUCGGUUCCGCCACGAGUCAUUUGUGGAUUUCUUAUUGGAAACAGAUACGACAUAUCUAAUACCACCCCUUACGACGAACGAUUGCCACGGAAUCCUCGCCUACGAAUGCCUGCGAGUCAUGAAAGAGAGGCUACGGUUCAACAUUUGCGAGAUAUCGUCGUCACACCUUCUCAAUGGCGAUGUGUUAAAGACGCUUCCAUCCAUCGAGGCCCAUAUCCCAUCCCAUUUGCAAUAUGCGUCGCACUAUUGGAUGGAUCAUUUACGUCAUAUUCCCGCAUCCAAAAUGAUCAUGGAGCUGGUUCGACAUAUCCUCGAGUUCAAGUUUCUUGCAUGGCUUGAAGUCGCCAGCCUUUGCGGGUUUAUGGACGAGGUGCAGUCCACCUUAUCAAUGCUCCAUACGUGGCUAAAGUUGAAUGGCAUCAAUGACUUGGUCUCACUCGCAAUGGACAUGCGACAAUUCAUUGCUCACUUUAGCGAGGUUAUAACACAGAGCGCAUCACAUAUCUAUGUUUCGGCAUUACCACUCUCACCCCCAUCGUCUUUGAUCAGACAGCGAUAUCAAACGCAAUAUCCAAAUACACUGGUGGUCACUGCAGGCGGCUAUGAAAGAUGGUCGCCUCUUCUUAUGACAUACCGUGGCCAUGGUGCAGCCGCAGAAGCAGUGGCGUUUUCUCCAGAUGGCAUUCAUGUCGUGUCUGGCUCGUAUGACCGGACUGUGCGAUUGUGGGAUGCAGAGACGGGCACGCAAAUUGGUCAGCCGUUCAUGGGACAUAGCGACCGGGUCUACUCUGUUGCAUUCUCGCCAGACGGUCGCCUUGUCGUUUCUGGCUCAGGUGACAAGACAGUGCGGCUGUGGGAUACGAAGACGGGCCAACAGACCUGUCAGCCGUUUGGACACAGCGGCUGGGUCUACUCUGUUGCGUUCUCGCCGGAUGGUCAUCGCAUUGUUUCAGGCUCGACGGAUCAGACAAUACGAUUAUGGGAUCCCAAAACGGGUACACAGAUAGGACAACCUCUCGAAGGACAUACGCACAUAGUUAGAUCCGUCGCAUUCUCCCCGAAUGGCCGUCGCAUUGUUUCCGGCUCGGAUGACGAAACGGUGCGACUUUGGGAUGCGGAUAAAGGAACACAAAUUGGACAGCCGCUCGUGGGGCACACGAGUACGGUCAAUUCUGUCGCAUUCUCGCCAGAUGGUCGUCGUAUUGUCUCUGGCUCAGCAGACCGAACAAUCCGAUUCUGGGAUGCGGAAACGGGCGGACAGAUUGGGCACGCGUUUAUGGGGCACGCGGGUUGGGUCAGAACCGUCGCAUUCUCGCCAGAUGCUCGCCGUAUUGUCUCUGGCUCAGAAGAUGGAACAAUACGGUUAUGGGACGUCGAAUCAGGCGUGCAGAUUGGACAGCUACUCGAAGAACAUCAGGGUGCUGUCUAUUCUGUCGCAUUCUCGCUCAAUGGUUGUCGCGUUAUCUCCAGCUCAUAUGAUCAGAAAAUCCGGAUGUGGGAUACAGAACCGGACUGGCAAGCCGACCGCCCACUCGAGGGACAUACGAGUAAGGUCAACUCGGUCGCAUUUUCGCCGGACGGUCGUCGUGUGGUUUCCGGCUCGCUUGAUGAGACGGUGGCGUUAUGGGAUGUGGAGACAGGGAAAGGAAUGGGACAGCCACUCAACGCGAAUAAGCAAGUGGUCACUGUCGCAUUUUCGCCGGAUUGUCGCCAUGUCGUUUAUGGCUCGCAUGACCCGACUGUACGGUUAUGGGAUCCGGAGACGAGUAGACACAAGUUAUUUGAAGGACAUACCUACAUGGUCCGCGCUGUCGCAUCCUCACCAAACGGUCGUUAUAUUGCUUCUGGCUCGUUGGACCGGACUGUGAGGCUGUGGGAUGCGGAAACAGGCGCACAGAUUGGGGAUCCACUUGAGGGACAUGUUCAUGACAUUACAACCAUCGCAUUCUCGCCGGAUAGUCGUCGCAUCGUUUCCGGGUCGAUCGAUAACACCGUGCGGUUAUGGGAUGUGAAUACAGGUACACAAAUCAGACGUCUAUUCAAGGGAUAUGCAAAUGCGAUAUACGCAGUCGCAUUCUCACCGGAUGGUCAUCGUGUCGCCUCUGGUUUGCACGACCGGACAGUAAGAUUGUUGGAUGUGGAGACUGGCAAUAUUGUUGGUGAGCCUUUCAAGGGCCAUACAGAGCCGGUCACCUCGGUCGCGUUCUCGCCAGAUGGUCGCACUGUGGUCUCCGGCUCGACAGACAGGACGAUACGGAUAUGGGAUGCGGAAACAGGCACACAGGUCUGUAAACCGCUGGAGGGCCACAUGGGUGAUGUCACUUGUGUUACAUUCUCGCCAGACGGUCGCCGGAUUGUGUCUAGCUCGUCUGACAUGACACUGCGAUUGUGGGAUGUGGACAAUGAAAGCUUGGUAAGCGCUUCUAGUUCUUAA